AUGCUCCCGAGUCCCGCCACGUCCACCCCCUUCUCGGUCAAGGACAUCCUGAAGCUGGAGCAGCAGCAGCGCCUCGGGGGGGCCCUCGAGCCGCCCUUCCCCGUCGCAGCUGUGGCCUCCUGCCUGCUGGGCUGCCGCUUCUCGGACGGGGAGGACGACGAGGACGACGAGGACAAGCUGCCCCUGCUGAACGCCAUGGCGGCGCCGGUCGCCAAGAGCCACGGGGACGGGGGUCUGUCCCCGGGGAGCUACGUGCAGGCGAUGUUGCGGGGCCCCUGCGAGCCCAAGGGCCUCGUGGACGAGGGCGAGCUGCCGAAGGACUCUGGAGCCGCGGUAACGGGCCUGGCCUGGCCUAGCCGAGGGCUAGCGGGCGGGAGGCGGUCUCGGAAGUGCCUGAAGACCCCCAUCGGCUUGCUAAGUCGGCCUGGACGCGUUUCCCCGUCCCCGGCUCCCUUCCGGCUGCCGCAGCCAGUCUCGGGGUGGCCCAGAGGCGUCUGUUUCCCCGUCCUCGGCGCGUUCGGCUGGACUCGGCUCCUUCGCGCUGGGCUCGCGGAAAAAGGCCCGGCGGCUCCCGCAUUAGAAGGCCGGGAGGCCACGGCUAUAGGCGGCAGCGGCGGGGGAGCCCACUGGCUGCAGUGGAACUCCGGGGCGAAGCGCCUUCCUAAGCCGACAGACGUCGGGAAGGAGGCCGCGGACUCGUCGUCGUCGUCGUCAGAGCGGCCCAAGGCGCGUGGCCGGAGGAAGCCGCGGGUGCUCUUCUCCCAAGCGCAGGUCUUCGAGCUGGAGCGGCGCUUCCAGCAGCAACGCUACCUGUCGGCCCCCGAGCGGGAGCUCCUGGCCAGCAGCCUCAAGCUCACGUCGACGCAGGUGAAGAUCUGGUUCCAGAACCGGCGCUACAAAUGCAAGCGGCAGCGGCAGGACAAGGCCCUGGAGCUGGGCGGCCCGGCGGCCGGCGCGUCCCAGCAGCAGCAGCCGCCGCCGCCGCCGCCCCCGCGUCGGGUGGUCGUGCCGGUGCUGGUGAGGGACGGCAAGCCGUGCCUGGGCGGCUCGCCGGCCUACAGCGCGCCCUACAACGCCAACGCCGCCUACCCGUACAACGGCUUCCCCAACUACGCCUAUGGCGGCUCCCCCGCGGCCGCUUACAGCGCCGGCUACGGCUGCAGCUACCCGGCGGGCGCCAGUGGGGGCCCGUCGGUGCCGCCGCCCGCGGGGGCCUACGUGAACAUGAGCGGCUUCCCCGGCGGCGCCCAGCCCCUGCACCAGGGGGCGGCCGGGCCUUCCUGCACUCAGGGCAUCCGAGCCUGGUAA